UUCAAAAAUCAGUAAGACCUAGAGUUUGGAUAGAUAUAAGGCACUGAAAGAGAAUUCAGAGUUAAAGAUAAGCUGCAUGUUUUGGGCUUGGGCAACUUAGUGGAUGGUGAUGCCUGUCUUUACAGCCCCAAGGAAAGUGUCGCCUUGGUCUGCAGUGUGAGUACUAGGCUUGUCAGACUUUGCAGGAAUUACUCUUUAGUCAUCAUGCUAUUUGUUGACAUCAGUGCACACAUCUCUCUUCACAAAGGUACAUGGUAUGAGGGCUACAGUAUUGACUUUAACCCUACCUGUGGAAAGGUGGCUAGGUGGGUGGUGACUUCCAAAUCAUGGCCUCCUGGCCAUGGUGAUCUGUGUGACCUACAUUCCUCAUUUGCUUGGAGAACGGGAAGGCCAAGAUUGGUGAUACCUCUUCCUUUAAAGAAAAUGGAACAGCUGAAUAAUACUUUCUGUCACUUUCCCACAAAUUCUUCAAACAACACAAGCCACUCAGCAUCAAAAUGCUCUUCUCCAGUGAAGAGACAGCACCUUGCCUAUUUCCUAGCAAACCCACACUAUGGCAGCCUCAUUAAUGCAGAUGGCCAUGCCGAAGUAUGGACAGAUUGGAAUGAUACAUCCAAGUUUUUCCAGUAUGGAUGGAGAUGUACCACCAAUGAGAAUGCCUAUUCAAACUGUACCCUGAUGGGAAACUGGAACCAGGAAAGAUAUGACCUAAGGAAUAUUGUGAAGCCCAAACCCUUGCCUUCCCAGUUUGGACACUACUUUGAAACAACAUAUGAUACGAGCUACAACAACAAAAUGCCACUUUCAACUCAUAGAUUUAAGAGAGAGCCUCACUGGUUUCCAGGACAUCAACCGGAACUGGAUCCUCCUCGGUACAAAUGCACAGAAAAGUCAACUUACAUGACCAGCUACUCAGAGCCUCAAACUGGGCAUCACUCCCCAUAUAUGUGGAAUCGUAGUAACUGCCAAUUUCAGGGUCCACGGUUCUAAGAAAGAAUAAGAACCUUCAUUUUUCCAAAGUAAAUUGUAGGACGGAGCAUAUUCUAAGCACAACUAAGAAUCUAGCUGACUAUAACAGUUUCACUCUCUGAAUAAAGAAAGCACAGAAAAAUAUUCCCUACCCUCUUUUUUUGUUUUAAUCAAAACUUAGAUGUCAGAUUUAAGUUAAUAUCUGCUCUUAGUUCUAUAUUACAAGGUUGUAGUAGGAGGAGAUUAAAAGAAUUAGUUCAAAUCUGCUACUACUUUGCCCCUCCCUACCUUCCAUCCAAGGUGGAACUCCAAAAUCCAGCCUGAGUUCGGUUAUCAUUGGCUAGGUGCUUCCUGGAUGUGAGCCUGGCAGUCACAGUCAGAUAUUGUAACUCUUUUGUGACCUUAAUGAACAUGCCCUCCUAGGACAAAAAAAAAGAGAAAAAUAAGUUUUUAUAAUUAUUAUAGUGGAUUUAAAACAUAAAAUUAGAGUAAUAUAAUGAAUUCCCAUAUACUACUACAUACCUUCAACAAUUUAUGAUUGAUCUUAACUAUCCCUACAUAAGUUCUCUAUUUCUUUAAUUAAUUUUGGAGCAGAUCUCAGAAGUUAAACCCUUUCUUCUAUAAAGAUUUCAGUAUAUAUCUUAAAAAGGGAAGGACUGUCAAUUUUUUAUUCACCCACAAAGACCAUCAAGGAAACCUGUUUAUCAAACAAAACUGAGUUAUUAAACCUGUAGCAAGGAAGCACAUCAACUUAAUACAAUCUUGGUGAGAAUUCAGAAGGGGGAUGUUGGGGCGCCUGGCUGACUCAGUUGGUUAAGCAUCUGCCCUCAGCUCAGGUCAUGAUCCCAGGGUCCUGGGAUGGAACCUCAGGUCAUGAUCUCAGGGGUCUGGGAUUGAGCCCCCCCCCCCACCUCAGGCUCCCUGCUCCAUGGGGAGUCUGCUUCUCCCUCUGCCCUUCCCCUGGCUUGUGCUUGCCCCCCCCCACCAAUGAAUAAAUCUUUUGGGGGGAAAGGGGGAGAUAUGGGGCACCUGGGUCACUCAGUCAGUUGAGUGUCUGCCUUUCCUCUGCUCAGAUCAUCAUCCCAGAGUUCUGGGAUCAAGCCCCAUAUCGGACUCCCUGCUCAUCAGGGAGCCUGCUGCUUCCUCUGCAGCUCCCCUGUGCUUGUGUUCCUUCUCUCACUCUCUCUCUGUCAUAAAUAAAUACAAUCUUUAAAAGGGGAGGGGGAACUAGGGUAUUUUUAGAGAUUUGGGGUAAGGGCUCUGUUGGUUUAAGUAGGGUCUUUCAAAGUGGGGAACUGGUAGGAAUUGAGACAGGAUUGGGAAUAGUUGGGAAUAGUUUGGGAGGAACAGUCUAAAUUUUAACAGGUUUUUAAAAUUUUUGUUUUAAGAUUUUAUUUAUUUAUUUGACAGAGAGAGUGAGAGAGGGAACACAAGCAGAGGGAGUGGAAGAAGGAGAAGCAGGCUUCCCACUGAGUAGAGAGCCCGAUGCGGGGCUCCAUCCCAGGACCCCCAGGAUCAUGACCUGAGCUAAAGGCAGAUGCUUAACACCUGAGCCAUCUAGGUGCCCCAACGGGUUUAAAGUUACCAAUAUUUUCCUUUUUUUAUUUUCUCUCCUGUUUAUUAUGACAAUAUGAUAGAUGGGAGAUGUUUCCCAUGUAUUUCCUCACAGACUUUCACUAUUUUAUGUUACAGACACAGAUACGUGAUUUAUGUUGUGUAUGAUGUUAGGUAGUAACUGAGUUUCUUUUUUUUUUUUUUUUUUUCUGUAUGACUAUCCAGUUUUCCUAGCAUUAAUUAUUGAAAACACUAUUUUCUCCACUGCUCUUGAACACCAUUUUUACUAUAAAUCAGCUGUCUGUGUACUUAGGCCUGUUUCCAGGCUCUCUAAAACAUUCCAUUGGUCUGUCAUUACAUAUGUUAUCUUAACACAAUGCCUUAAUUACCUCACUAUUGUAAUUAUGAUAAUUUUGUAAAUAUUAAUAUCUAAUAAAUGAGAUACUUUCACGUUGUUUUUCUUCAA